AUGCAUUUCAAAACCCUCUGCUCUGCCUUGAUUGUGCUCUUUCCUUCGGUGUUAGUCUUAGGCCUGCCGACGGAGUUGGGUGUGCAACAGUCAGCCGACAUCAUUGUGCAUGAUGGCAACGAGUCUGUUCCCUGCUCCCAAAUAGGAUGCUGGGAUGGAUUCGCUACUCUGAGCAACGCCACUGGGUAUUGUAUCUGUCCUCGGUGGAAAAAGCAAGAUCUUACAACACCAUGCGGCUUUCUCAAAUGUCCCAACACCACCAAACUUUACUACGACUCUGUAUUCAAUCGAUGCCUGUGCGAGCCUAAAUACGGCCUUCCCUGGCUCAUUCACCAAGCUACAGACCGGAUUGCUGAGCACAAUGCAAGGGUGUAUUCUGUGCAGCCCUACUUUCUAGAUGAUGUCAUCUCUUUUCAUGUUCAGCUUGCUGGCGCACCGGAUGGCUUCAAUUUGAAUGCCAGCACAACCAUCGCAGCUAGCAGCAUUGGCACAGAUCCAGCGCCUAACCUUGUCCUUAUGCCGACGAACAUGAAGACCAGGGUUUCCACAGCUGCGGAAGAGACUGCCUUGAUCGUUGCAGUUACUUUCGAACCUGGUGACAGUAUUACGUAUCACGUUCAAAUCAGCAACGGCACAGUCUUCAAGCUCCACGGAGACAAGUAUGUCCACGACAUCGACCUUAUCGACCCCAGCGCGCCUCCAAGCCUGUCCAUUCUUACCAGCCAGAGUCUAUCUUACGUAAAACGUGACGCAUGGUUUCAGGAUGCAGGAGCAGAUCCUUCAAUACGGCCCGCUCCGCUCACCACGACGAAGCGUGGCAUCGCAGGCCUAUCUUCAUCGAUAACCCUUUCGGAAGAGACAUGUCGAUCAAUUACCUGCAGUAAUGAUGGUAGUGAGCGACCAUAUUUCAAUCCCUACCUCAAAACUUGCUACUGUAAGAAACUCGAUCCACCCAACAACAGCUUUGAUAGCUUCCUCAAACGUUCCGUGUCCGAUCAAAGUGGUGUUCUUCGAAAACCAACCCCCGAGGCAUGUCGUCGUAUGGCCAACACUUGUCAGGGAAAGACGGAGCCUUACUUGGACGAGACGACUGGCCAAUGCUAUUGCGUGGUAUACCGCACAGGUAUCAAAGAGCCAGUAAUCGUUUCUAAUACCAAUUACUGGCCACGCGCAGAGCAUGUGGUCAGCCAGGAAGAGGAAAGUGGCAACUCGGGGAGCCUUGACGAAGCUCCAACGUGUGCGGAGUCUCAUAAGAUGGACCCCUGUCCCACGCAACUCGGAUGCCACGUUGGAUAUUGCCCAGAUAGGAUAUGCGGUACAUGCAUACUACCUCUGAAUCUGACUGCUGCCCAUGCUCCAGGAGCAAAGCUCAGAUUCCUACCCGGACACUCUGACAAUUAUUCCUCGACCAUGGUUACUGCUAGAGAACUCGUCGAUAGCCUUGACAGGCGAUAUAAACACAACUGGGGUGAAGAUGUCAAGUACCUGAACCAGAAUAAUCUGGUAACUGAGAAGAAUGUUCGCUUAUUGGAGAAUCGAUAUCUUAACGCCCGGAACGCAUAUAGGGAAAAAUUCAAUGAAAUUCUUGCAGCAAAUAGACGCAAACCACAAGCCGACGAUAAGUGGAUACUCGACAUCCUCAAAGGCAGAUUAGAUAACAUGGAGUGGGUCAGAGGUGCCAUUCAUAAUCUUUGGACAGCCGUGGGUGCCCAAAACGCUGCUAGGCGGCGCCAUUAA